AUAGCUUGCCUUGUUGCCACCGCAGCGCCGCCCAAGGUGGUUCCUUGCUCGGCCCUUCUCUGUUAUCGUCACAUCGCACGCUGUUUUGAUUCGUUGAAAGUUCAAACCUCCCUCCGGACGCGCUGUUUGGCGAUUCCGCCUCUCGCUUUGGCACCAUCGUAGCUUAAUAGCGUGCGCAGCUUGCCUUCCUCAACGCGACGGGUUGACUUUUGGAAUUCCGCGCAACUUUGAUCCAGAAAGGUUAUUUUCUUCCGAUCUUCUUGUUAUUCUGAAACUUUGAUGCUACCUUCUUCGCUGAAUCCUCAGAAAAGUUAAUAAGUGGUUCCACAUUAAAAUGAGCAACAAAAGAACUCCCUGGAGCAACAAACAACAACAGCAUGUAAAGCCAGGACUUUCUAGAUCAACCCCUAAUGAUUCUGUUUCUGACUCGGAACUUGAGGUAAACAGCGUGCCUGCUAAACACUCCUCGGCCUCUGUUGUCAGCACGACAAAAUUUAACAGCAGUCAAUUUGAGUAUGACAAAGAUGAAGGAAGAGGGGCAUCGUACAUGGGAUUUUCAGUUGAAAGAAACAAAUACAAGAAUGACUUUCGUGAUUCUGGGGGUAUUGAGAAUCAAUCAGUGCAGGAACUUGAAAAUUAUGCUGUGUACAAGGCAGAAGAAACUACGAGUAAACUAAAUGGGGUUCUAAAAAUAGCUGAAGAGAUUAGAGAAGAUGCUUCAAAGACUCUUGUUACCUUGCAUCAACAAGGUGAGCAAAUUACAAGGACCCAUCAAAGUGCUGCUGACAUUGACCAUGAUCUUAGUAGGGGUGAAAAGCUUUUGGGAAAUCUUGGGGGCUUGUUUUCUAAGACAUGGAAGCCGAAGAAAACCCGUGAAAUAAGAGGACCUCUUCUAACAAGAGAUGAUUCUUUUAUAAAACGGAGUAGCCAUCUGGAACAAAGACAAAAAUUGGGGUUAUCAGGUCCUCGUCCCCGGUCAGAACCUCGACAUUUUGCUGAGCCUACAUCUGCACUUGAGAAAGUGGAGGUUGAGAAGGCAAAACAAGAUGAUACGCUAGAUGAUCUAAGCAACUUGCUCGGAGACUUGAAGAAUAUGGCUCUCGACAUGGGUUCUGAGAUUGAGAGGCAGACUGUGGCUUUGGAUGCAGUGCAGGAUGAUGUGGAAAUAGUGCGUGCGAGAGUUAAAGAUGCAAACAUUCGGGGGCGCCGACUACUGGGUAAAUAAAUUGAAUCGUUUACUGAAAGAUUCGUGUAGCGGUGUCGCUUUUGAGUUCAUGCUCAUGAGUAGUGUGAUUCCUGACUUAGAUAAUUGCAUGUUAUAGUGAAACAAAUCUACUGUUUUACCGUCGAUGAUGUAGUUCGAUUCACUUGUGCACUAGUAAAGAGUCCUAGCCAACACAUGUAAGUAGGAUUAAGUCCCUUGUAAUGAUGGCUACAAUAAGAUCAGAGCCAAUCAACUCACAUGUUUUGAUUUACUCGUUUGGUUCAACCAACUCAUUCGAUCUAUCGACUCUCAUCAGAAAUCUAGUCCAUCAUAUUUUAUCAA